GUCGCAAAAAAUGAAGAAAGUAAUAAUAUCACCUAAGAAUAAAAUCUAAAAGUGUAAUAUAACUAUAUUUAACGUUAUGUCGUCCUUUAUAAUUUAUAUUCCUUUCCUUGCUUUUUCAAAUAUUAAUAUCAACGUGCUAAAGACAUAUAUCUCAUAUUAACGUGAGCAGAAAUCAUCCUCAAAAAGAUGUAGUGUACAAUAGUAUAUUUAUGUUUUUGUGAUGAAAUAAUAUUAAUUUAUUACGAAGUGAGUAUUGUUAUAUGAACACCAAUUUCGUGUAAAUAUGAGUGAAAAAAGGAGUGAUAAUGAACAAAAUAGCUCUGCAUGGGACAUUCCUGGCCCUUCGUCUCUAGCAGCUAUUCUCGACACUGUUAAUACGUCGGAAGCCGUGGAGACUACACAAAGAACUGAUGAAAUGGAAUGUGAAACACUUUUUGCUGAAAGUGAUGAUGAUUUAGAAUUACUUCCUGCUUCGUCAAAUGUAACCACUGAACAAAAUGUCAAUAAAGGAAAAGUAAUAUCAUCAAACUGUAUCAAUUCUACGUCUGCUAAUCAGAGUAAUUAUGGAACAAGUCCUUCAUCUCUCUCAUAUCCUAACACAGCCCAUACACCUGUUCCACAUGAGUAUCAACCUCUCCCAGAUAGUUCGAGCUCUUUCGAUUUUUCAAGGAUUAAUCCAGAUAGCACUGUGAACCCACAGUCAAACUUACAAUACAGAUCAAAACCUCUAGAAAGUUCUGUCUAUUAUCCUACCUAUAACAUCCAGUGGCCACAACCGAGGGGAGAAUUUGUUGUGGCACCAUACUCUAAUAGCACGGUUUUACCUUUAAACUAUACAGUAGCAUCUAACACUCAGCCAGUACAAGAAACAACUUCUCAAGAAAGGUAUGAACAUGUGCAACCUAGAUUGAGGAAUAUGUAUGUGCCAGAAAGAAGGCCACAAGGUGCUCCUACUAAUAAUUUGGAGCGGCCUAGUAGAAUGUUAAAUAUUUCACCUAGAAGAAGACUAUCUAAAGAGAAUCAGGGAAAUUUUAUUGAAGUUAGUUCAGAAGAAGAAGAUUCUAUGUCAGUUCCAAGAAAAAAACAAUGUGAAGGUACUACUGGGCCAAAACCAACACCUAGUUGCAUAGAGCCAUCUCACUCUACCCUUUAUAACCAUGUGAAUACUUCGAGGGUUGAUAUAAAACAAGAGCCAUUAGAGACCUCCACUUCUAGGCAAAAACACAUAGAACAACCUGAAAAUACAUUCAGACAUAGACCUACUAACCAACAAAUUUCAGGGCCACAGCACAGCUGUCAAAAUAUGUAUUCUCAUGUAAAACAAGAAACUCCACCAGUUUCCAAUAGUAAUCACAGCUGUAGUCAUAAUCAACCAAAUCAAGUAUCAGCAACACCAAGCUAUUAUAACUUUCAUAAUGGAUCUCACCACCACCAUCAUCACCAUCACCACCACCAUCACAGAAACCAGGUUAAAAAUGUACCACCCACUGUUAAAGAAGAACCAGGUCUGCCUAUAGUGACAAAUAUAAAAACAGAGAAUACACAAAAUCUUGAGGCUAGUUCAUCAAAUAUAGGUAAUAUUAAAAUUGAAGCUGUUGAAAGAUCAGCUGUGAAAUUAGAGAACAAAGAUAGCGGAAGGGUUGAAAGUAACAUUACAGUUAAAUCUGAAGGACAGAGAUGCUGUGUUGAUGCAGCAGGAGAUAGGAGACUAAAGGAAAAAUCCCCACAACCAGGAACUAGUUCAGGAAGAAACUUUCCCCAGGCUGGUAGCUCUGCAACAACUUCUAAUCAGGAACAUCAAGAACCAUCAAGAGGCGUUCCACCAGCAAAUAAUUUACCUGGUGUUUUGUAUGCACCUGACUUACAACUGGAUUGGGUAUCAGAUUCAAGUUCAGAUGAUGAUGUCCAAGUGUUGGGUGAAGAACAGAGAGAUCGUGAAGUCAUAGACCUGACGAGCUCUCCUAACAGGAGUGAUAACCAGGACGACACAAGCAAUAGUGCCACAGUGGGCUCUGUUCGGUCUCCAAGACCUUUAUUUGAGUCAGUGCCACAUCGGGAUCCGCCAUUGUGUCACACUGCCCCAGUACCCUGUCAUGCACACUUAGUUAGAACAAGGGUGAGAUGUAUGCUGCCGUGCCGCGGGUGUUGUUGUGCUCAGCAGCCGACGCACGCGCACUCCCAUCCUGCUCAUCCAGCUCAUACUACGCACCCACACGCUGCCCAUCUCCAUCAUGUAGUGCCGCCACAUGCGCACCUUAGCGAACGCCGUUGCGAUGCAAUGCCGGCAGCGCCUCCAUACUUGGUCCAUGCAAGGUUGUGGCAUCGACAACAACAUAUCCUUGAGAUGCAGCGCCGCAUAAUGGGCAAUAUGAACCCGGAUGUGAUUGGGUCAGCGCCCCCACAUUAUAUUCCUAGACCCGUACCUAUGCCGGCGUUCCCAGAUCCUUUGGAGUCGGAUAUAGAAGUGCCCUUAUUGGUGGAUGGCCAUCUCCAUCACCACAUGCACCAUUACCUUCAAAUGCGGCCUCCGCACCUUCAUAUAUCGAUUCAGCCUUCUGUUGUGCAGGGCAGUCAAGAGGGCCUUGCGGCAGCGGCGGCCAUCCUUCAGGUGCAGGAGGCCAGGCGGGAGUUCCGAGGGGCUUCGAGGGCCGUCAUAGAACGAAACACGUACAGGCAUGCGUACGCCCGUCCAGCGCCACACCAUCAAGACGAAAAGUGCACUAUUUGUCUGUCUGUGUUUGAAGUCGAGUCGGAUUGCAGACGGCUUCCUUGCAUGCAUCUAUUUCACAUGGAAUGUGUGGACCAAUGGCUUGGAACAAACAAACACUGUCCCAUUUGUCGAGUGGAUAUUGAGACACAUCUCAGCAAGGAUGCAUCCUUUUAAAUGCUGAUAAG